AUGCCAGGUGCCCCGUCGGCGUGCUGGCCAGCAGAGUUGCUGGCGCGGCAGCGGCGUGCCGUCUUGUUACGUGCACAGAAGCAGCAGGAGCAGCCCAGGCGGAUCGCGACGCGCGCACCUGCGGCUGCGGCUGCAGCAGCAGCGCAGCUGCAGCAGCAACAACAGCAGCAGCAGCAGCAGCAGUGGUGGGGGCAGGCGCGCCCGCAGCAGUACCGCAAGCGGCCGCCGGCGGUUGUGUACCUCCCCAACUUCUUGCAUCACGAGGACGCGCAGAUAGUGCAGGCCGAGUGCCGGAAGAUGAGGAACAAGCUGCGCCCGGAGCUCAACACUGUGGCUGUGGGCCGCCUAGGCGUGUACCUGCCGCCCUCCAGCCGCUCUGUCGCGAUCCUCUCCAGCGGCGAGGUGGCGCAGGCGCUCACACAGCGCCUGCGCAGCCACGCUCGCCUCUUUGCCAGCGACUUCCCUAUGGAGCUGCGGGCCUACCAGCGCGGCUCACACAUGCCCUGGCACAAGGACGAGCAGCUGUUCGACACGCCGCAGUGGGAGUGCAUAUACACAGUGGAGAACAGCAGCGACAGCGUGACCCAGUGGCGCGACGACAGCGGCGACGAGUUUGAGCAGCGCACCGACGGCAACAGCCUGCUGGCCGUGCUGGCAGAGGCGUGGUACCACCGGGUGACGCCCCUCAAGACCGGGUCCCGCUCCAUCAUCAAGUUUGCGAUGACAACGACCGCCACACAGCUGCCCUCGUUCCGCGCAAACCUGGACCGCCAGGCCUACGCACCAUGA